AUGGAAACUCCCUAUGUUGAUAAUGCAGUCAAAGCGCUUGGAAUCAUUUCCAUUGCGUUAUUCUUAAAGUAUAUGUUUCAAACAAUUUACGUUGCGUACUUUGGACCAUUGAGCAAGAUUCCUGGGCCAAAGCUUUCAGCGUUAAGCACUAUCCCACUUUUAUUCAGGGGCACUAAUGGCAAAAGAUGGUAUUGGUAUCAACGUGAAUUAAGACCCAAGUAUGGGAAAAUAAUCAGAAUAGGCCCAGACAUAGUUCUUGUCAAUGAUAAAGACAUUAUCAAACAGAUUAUAGUUAAAGAAGAUUGGCCAAAAGGUGAUUUCUAUAAGAUAUAUAGAGCUGCACCUCAUUUACAGACAUUGUUCUCGACCACCGACAAAGCAUUUCAUAAACAACGGCGUCGAUUGCUCGCACCGGCUUUCUCUAUCAAAUACAUUCAGUCUCUUGAACCAUAUGUGGCCAAGUGUAUUCGCAAUUUGAACGACAAGAUCGAUUCACUGAUUCAGGAAAGUUCAUCAACUGAUGGAGCGGUAAUAGACUUGUACAGAAUGUUGAUUAAUACAACUCUGGAUUCAAUUGGCGAAACUGCAUUUGGGGGUAGUUUUAAUAUGAUUGGAAAAGGACACCACCCGCUACCAAAAGAGGUUUUUGUGGAGUUGAGCAAGCGUAUGCUGAGAAAUGGAUUUCCAAUAUUCAAACCGUUCGUAAAGAGUAAUCAAUAUCUGUAUGACUUUUCAAGCGAACUCAUCAAACGGCGUCGUCAAGAAGUCGGAGUUCGCCGCAAAGAUAUUCUCCAGAUUAUCCUCGAUGCUGGGGAAGGAGAAGCGGCAUUAGCGGAUAUUGACAUUUAUGAGCAAAUUAUUGAAUUUCUUGUUGGUGGGAGUGACACGACAAGUUAUAGCACGUUCUUCGCCCUGUUAAUGUUGUUAACCCAUCCGAGUAAACUGCACAAGCUCAUUGAGGAGUUGGACAACGAAUUUGUUGAUUUACCAAGGAAUGAGCUACCAAAACAUGAGAAGCUAAAGAAUUUACCAUAUUUGAACGCUGUCAUAAACGAGACGUUGAGAUUAUGGCCUAUUUCUUUGGAUGGAGGUAGCGGGCGUUCACCAACAGAGGAUAAAGUUGUAAACGGUGUACUCUUUCCUAAGGGUACUUUAAUACUCACUAACUAUUACGCUCUUCAUCAUUCGGCUGAAUACUGGGGCAAAGAUGUCAAUGAAUUUGUUCCUGAACGUUGGUUCAAUGAUGACAUACCACGCGACGCAUUUUAUCCAUUUUCGGCUGGUUCGAGAAACUGCAUUGGACAGAACUUUGCUUGGUUUGAGAUGCGUCUUAUAAUCUCGUCACUUUUAAGGCGAUUCAGAUUUGAGGAUAUCCCGGGCCAAAAUUACUCUGAUAUUGUGCAUAUUGUGACACCCUCUCUCGCCCAAGAUGAGUACAAAGUUCGCGCAUGGAACCGACCCUGA